CCCUCCUUCCUCUUCUGUCUCUCUUUACUCCCCUACUCUUGUUUGCUCCUCUCUCUCUCUCUCUCUCUCUCUCUCGUCUUCUCUUUUCGCUUCUUCUUUAUGAAAGUUGAGUGGGGCAAUGGAGAGCUCGGGAUGGGCGGGAGUGAGCCCAAGGAUCUCCUUCUCCCACGACCUCCCCCAGGCCGACAUCUCCGGCGGCGACGAUCACCGCCUCGACCUUUCCCUUCCACUGGAUGUAUCCGCGUCCUCCGACUUCGACUUCGUCCUCGGCGCAGACAUCUUCUCCCACGACUCCUCCCUCGCCGACGACCUCUUCUCCGACGGCAAACUCCUCCCCUUACCCAUCAAGAAUCCCCCAUCCUCCUCCUCCGCCGCCUCCCCGUCGUCGCUGCCGUCAGCAUCAGCAGCCGAUCCACCUGCAGCGCCGAAGCCGGCGAGCGCACGCAGGAGGAAGCGCGGCAGCCUUCGGGAGAUCAUGGCGAGCUGUAGCGAGGGCGGCGUCGGCAUCGGAAGGCCCUCCCCCCGCAGGAGCAGCAGCCUCAACUGCGGAGACAGCAGGAGAAGCCUUUGUCCGUUCCCUUUGCUGCGGAGCAAGUCCUCGGGCUCGAUGCCGAUGAACCCAUCGAGCACUAAGCACUGCGACAAUUCCAGCAUCAACACGAUUGCCAGUUUUAGCAGCCCGUUCACGGAGUUGUUCAGGAAAGGCUCAAAGGAACCGAAGACCAGAGUCUACUAUUACUCGGGGAGCUCGCGACGGUCACACGGGAAUGCGGUGAGAAUCAGUCCGAUCAUAAACGUGCCGACGCCGAGCAGUAUGAGCAUAUUUAGCUUUCUACUUUGCAAGCAUGGGGACAAGAACAUGGCCAAGAGCUCAGCUGUUACCUGUUACCCGUAGUGGCGUGUGUUGGUUUGAAAUUAUUAGGAGGGAGGGGGCGGGACAACGGGGGGGUUGUUUGCUUGUGAUCAU